AUGUUGCAGGCAAACAGUCCAAUUGCAACGACCACCGGACAGAUCAAGUGGAGGUUCAUCAAUGAUCUCAAUGAUGUGCAAAAAAAAGACGGACUGCAUGCUGUCAAUAAAAUCACAGACAAACAUGUCUACUUUGAGAACCACAAGAGGAGGGUGUCCCUGGCUGCACAAACACUGAGUCGCUCCGUGUCAGUUGCUCUAAAGACUGUGAGGCAACGGCAGAAUUCAUUGAGGUACUUGUCAGUCAUCGGAUUUGUCAUUAACAUCGACACGCUGAUGCUGAUGAUUCCUGAACUGCUCCAAGUUCAGCAGUAUGUCCUCACCUACAGGUUCAGCCAGGAUCACUUGGAGCUCCUAUUUAAUUCCAUCAGAGCGUCAGGUGGCUGGAAUAACAAUCCAUCUGCACGCCAGUUCCAGGCCAUCUUCCGCCGUCUGAUCGUUCGGUGUGGUGUUUCACCUAGUGAGACAGGCAAUGUGGCAGCCCAAGAUCACACUGUGUCCCUGUCUGCGGUAGAGAUGUCCUCUGCUGAAACUGCUGAAGAGCACCCAUCUCCAUUCGCCAACAUUUCGGCUGUUGUGAGUGACCACAGCUAUCUUCCCACUCGGUUUGGUGGUCUGGUGGAAAAUGCGCUGGUCUACAUCGCAGGAUUUGUAGUCCGGCAGAUUCUGCGAAAGCUGUCCUGUGAUGUGUGCCGUGCAAGCUUGGUCAGAGAUGCUGUACCUUCAUCAUUUGAUGAGAGCUACCACCUUCUAGCCCUGAAAAACAACGGUGGCCUAGUGAUUCCAUCACAAGGCACAGUGAAGGUGCUGAGAGCUGCAGAGAGGGUGAUUCGCCAAGCUUCAACAAGGCAAGCUCCAAAGGUGUCGACAGUCACCUACAUCGUCCGGGAGGAGAUUGGAACGGAGGAUGUUUUUCAGCUUGGGGAACACAUUGAGGAGACGCAGUUUGGCAUCGACAACCAUUAUUCCAACUUGUUGUCAUUGGUUGUGUCUGUGUUUCUGAAAAUAAGACUACACCACAUUGCCAAACUCACCUCUCUUGACCUGCAGAAAGGGAGCACGAGAAAGAAGCUCUGCAAAACAGUCCCCUUUCAGGGCUUUUAG